AUGGGGGAUUGGAAUUUAUUGGGUGGCAUCCUAGAGGACGUUCACUCCCACUCAACCAUGGUGGGAAAAAUCUGGCUGACCAUCCUCUUCAUUUUCCGAAUGCUGAUACUUGGUGUGGCUGCUGAAGAUGUCUGGGAUGAUGAACAGUCAGCAUUUGCCUGCAACACCCAGCAGCCAGGCUGCAGCACUAUCUGUUAUGAUGAUGCUUUCCCUAUCUCUUUGAUCAGGUUCUGGGUUUUACAGAUCAUCUUCGUAUCUUCUCCCUCUCUGGUGUAUAUGGGCCAUGCACUUUAUAGACUCAGGGCCUUUGAAAAGAAGAGGCAGAGGAAAAAGUCACAGCUUAGAGCCCAGAUGGAGAAUCCAGAGCUUGAAUUGGAGGAGCAGCAAAGGAUAGAUAGAGAACUGAGAAAGUUGGAGGAGCAGAAGAAGAUCCAAAAAGUCCCUCUGAAAGGAUGCCUGCUGCGUACUUAUGUCUUACACAUCUUGACUAGAUCUGUGCUGGAAGUAGGGUUCAUGAUAGGCCAAUAUAUUCUCUAUGGAUUUCAAAUGCACCCCCUUUACAAAUGUACUCAACCUCCUUGCCCCAAUGCAGUGGAUUGCUUUGUGUCCAGGCCCACAGAGAAGACCAUUUUCAUGCUCUUUAUGCACAGCAUUGCAGCCAUCUCUUUGUUCCUCAACGUCCUGGAAAUAUUUCAUCUGGGGAUCAGGAAAAUCAUGAAGGCAGUUUAUGACAAAUCCAGCAGUGAGGGCAUUGAGGACGAAAGGGGACCCCCCUUCCCUGAAAGAGUCUCUCUACUUCACGCCAACAAUCAACAGCAAGUCAUCCGAGUCAAUGUGCCGAAUUCUAAAACCAUGUGGCAAACCCCACAGCCCAGGCAGCUUGAGGUAGACCCUGGCUGUAGUGAAAAAGACUGGGCUGAGAAGGAUCAGCACAAUGGACAGCUCCAUGUCCACGGCCCGUGUCCGUGGGAUACUGGCGCUAGAAUUCAGCACCCGGGACAGCAACCAGGCCGUUAUAACUUUGGCUUGCAGAACGCAAUGCCCCAGUCCUGGCUAGGUACAACGAUGGCUCCUAGACAUUGUCCAUCACGUACAACGGGACCCUGGGAGCAGUCCCAGGACCCGCAACCCUCAGGGGAGCCUCGCACAGAUUUACACAGUCACUGCAGACACAGCAAUGGCAGCUCGAAAGAGAGCAGGGUCCGGGCAGACAGAUCUUGCCCCGGCAGUCGCAAGGCCAGCUUUCUGUCCAGAUUGCUGUCUGAAAAGGGACAGCUGUACAGUGACUCAGGAAGCUCCAGUUCUCGAAAUAGCUCUUGCCUGGGCUUUCCGCACCCGGAAAACAGCCCCUCACUUCUGCCUUCAGCCACCGGGCGCAGAACAUCAAUGAACAUGCUUCUAGAACUUUCAUCUAUUAUGAAAAAAUAA